UAGUGCCGCUGCGCGUCGCUCCACAACCACAACCUUUCAGUUUCAUGUCCGUGACGGCGGCUGCGCUUCGUGGAGCUACUCGACCGAUGCUCUCCACCUGCUGUGCUAUUUCCAUCGCACUUGUCGACAUAUUUGGAAGCAAUGAGAGCCAUAGUGGGGCUAUUACACUACGUGGGACUUUACGUUCAACUUAACGCGGCACUCAGUGUCGGAACCGGUGAGCUGGAUAACCAUUUGUCUGGAAAUGCUCUCUUCACAGAGGUGCCCCACGACAUCACGACACAGAGCGGCGAGGAUGUAGAGAUGGCGUGCUCCUUCUGUGGGCCAGGUUCUCCUUCUUCCUUGGAGAUCCAGUGGUGGUACACCAAGGACCACAGUGACUGGCCCAAGAAGCCUGCACAUAUCACAAAUGAUGUUGUUCCUCUGGAGGAAACGUUGAAAGAUGCCACUAAAAUUAGUGUGGUGAAAGUGGUCGGCAGCAACAUUUCACACAAACUGCGCCUGUCCAGCGUCGAGCCGUCAGACGAGGGCACCUACGAGUGUCGCGUCAUUGACUUCAGCGGCUCUGUGGCGCAGCGCCAUCACGUUCGGGCCUACCUCCGUGUGGAGCCUAGUCACGGCUCGGACGUCCAGGUCCUUGGAUCGGGGCAUCGGUCAGACCAGCAGGGAGGCUCGCACAGGAGAGAGGAAGAUGAAGAGGAGCGCUACUGACUGCACUGCACUGCAGAGGGCGAAGUCUACUUGUUAGUGUGCAUGUUCAUGACUGAGCAGGAGAAGGUGAUCAUAAUCAUCACUGAGAGAUGAGGCAGUGCUCACAACUGGUACACCACUAUUUAUGUGCAUACUUUUAUUGCAGUGUUGUAAAAUUCCAGGACAGGAAACAUUUUAAUUGACACCGUGCUCAAUGCAUUAGCUUAGUUUUAAAUUUGAAAUUAUGGAUGUAGUUUUUAUGCGUAAAACCUCUGCAUUUCUGUUUUUGUGAACAUGCGAUCAUUACUAGUACUGAGAUAGCCCAGCUGAACAUUUUUUGAAUGUGCAAUUGAAAGGAGCCAUCCAUCCAUCCAUCCAUUUUAUGUACCACUUUUCCUUAUUAGGGUUGCGGGUGAACUGGAACUUAUUCCAGCUGACUUUUGAUGUGAAGUGGGGUACACCCUGGAUUCGUCAGCCAAGCACAGGGCACAUUCAGAUAACUCUCAAUACACACACAUUUCCACAUUUUAGAGUACUUGAAUGAACCUAACAUGGUUUUGUAAUGCUGGAGUACCCAGAGAAAACCCAUGCAAGCAGAGGGAACGCAUGUAAACUCCACUACUUGGCUGCAGCCAAGAUUGAAACCCAGAAUCUUCGAGCUGUGCGGCAGACAUACCAGCAGGUCAUGUACUGCAUGGAAGAAAACAUUCUGUACAUCAUAAAAUAUAACUACACUCUCCACUCAGUCAAGUUCAUUAUUUUACACAUCUCGUACAAUUUGGAGGUUUGCGGAUGAGAAACCAUUAAUAGUAUGGUAAAUGGAUUGCUGGAUGGACAAAUGUAGUUUUAAAAAAAAAUUCAUAUCUAUCAAUAGCUACAUGUUCAUUUGAAAGUUUUAGAUGUUUGUCUUCAUCAACAAUAUAUUGUCUGCCUUGUGAUAGUUGUGCUCUUCAUUUUCAUAUCAUUUUGUCCACAGUAAAACAGUUUGUGUCCACCUUUUUGCCUACUUUGUAAUGUGUCUCUCUGUUCACAUUUCAC